AUGCCGCUGGUCCGCGCCCAAGUCUUCGACGUGUUGUUGCAGGAGUUCCUCGAGCUAUACUGGCCAGAGUGGACGGAGCGGGGCGCUGCCGCGCGGAGGCUCGCCGAAGACUUUGCGGCUUUCCUUCAAGGAGCGGGCAAACCGCCCGCCUUUUUAGCCGGCGCCUUCUGCGGGGGCUCGCAGUUCCAGAUGCGGCGCUGGAUUGAUCGCUAUUGGCGCCUCCGGGGCCUCAAUCCAAUGGAAGUGCUGCAGCGGCUCAACUUCUUCGACUUGCUUGGGGGGCCAGAGUUUGACUUCUACCUCGGCUUGCUGCGCAAGGGCCAGGCUCGCUUCAUCUACUCGCGCGGAGUCGACCGCCCUGGCGAUUUCCGCGGCUGCUUGGCGGCGGGCGACGAAGACGAAGAGGAGCCGCCCUUCGACGCCGGGCUGGCCAUUGUGUUCCGCUGCGACCACUUCCUGGUCGCGCGCCGCGUUCGGAAAGAGGAGCGCUGCGAGGAAGAGAGACAAACGGCGAGCGACGGAGAAGAGCGGAGGGGGAGCGCGGCCAGCUCCGGGCUCAAGCCACUUCCAGCUUCGCCGCGCAUGCUGCAAACGCUGGGCCAGCGGCCCCGAUGGGCCGACGCGCGGGACUCCGACGCGGCGGGCGCGCGGCAGACGCCCGCGGCUCUCUUUGAGGCCCAGGCUGACGACGGCGCGCUCUGGCGCGAAGUCGCCGCCUUUGCGGGGGCGACUUGCGCCUUCCAACUUUGGCAUUGUGGCAGGCGCGGCUGCGCCGAAAGUGCGAAGACUGGGACUUUCCGCUGCCUUCUUGGCGAUGGGCUGGUCUACGGCGAGCCGCUGCGCCUGCGCGCCGAGCUCCAAAUUUUUGUGCUCUUUCUAGGCUUCGUUUCGGAGCGGCGCCUGUCCCGGCCUUGCCGGCGGGCGGUCCGGGCUUGGCAAGGGCGGCUGAAGGCUUUGACCGCUUUCGACGCGGCCGCCCUUGAGAGCACGGGCGUCGCGGUUGCGCGCCUCGUCUUGCAAGGACUUUUGAUUGGCAGAAUGGCCCCGGCGGAUCUUUCGUCUGCGGCCGCGGCGGACGAGGUUGCGGCGAUCUGCGCCCUGGCGGUGGUCGACGUCCCCGGGGACGGCAACUGCCUCUUCCACGCCCUCGCAACGCAGGACGAAGAGGGCUGCUGCGGGGAGGAGCUGCGAGCAGAGUUGGCGGACUUUCUCGAGAGGCCGAGCACCUGCGAGUGCUGGGGCGGAGCCGUGGCCAUCUCGGCUUAUUCCUUGCUUCGACAGCGGCGGGUCUUUGCCCACGUCAAGGUCGCGGGCUCCGACGUCGUGGAGGUCCAGGCCGAGCUCUCCGACGCGAUGGCCGCGGCCUGGCCGCAGCCGCCGCCGCCGCGCUACUUUGCCCCGGUGAUCGCGGAAGCUGCGGGGGCCACGGCGGCCGCUGUCUACGCAGAGGACGAUGCGAUGGAGGAAGUCAGCAAAGCCUUCGUGAUCCCCGCGGCCCAGACUUCCCACCCCUUCCGCCCCCUAGAGGACGCGGCGACGGAGUUGGCGACGGAGCAGUCUGGCCCCGCGCGUUCUGCGCCUUUGACGGCUGCGGAUGGGGAGGCGGCCAACGGCCUGGAAGCGGACCUCGCCAAGCACCUUGAGGCGGAGCACGCGGAAGACCUGGAGUCCGCCGCCGCUUGCUUUCCUGGGCCUCGCCCCCCGGACGCGCUGCUGAGCGUUUGCUUCUGCUGCGCCUGCGUCUACACCCGCGUGGCGGAGCUUGAGGGGCAGAGCGAGAUCCAACGGCGGCGGCCACUGAGUCGCAAGCCGACGGGGGAGCGCCUCUUCAUCGGGAAGCCGGCGGCCGCAGCGGCGCGAGCGCUCAGCCUGGAGCGCUUUCUGGAGAAAUACGACCAGCUCGACGUCCCGGGCAAGAAGUUGUCUGACUCUGAGAGUUUCGGCUCCUGGAAGUUGCGGCUGCCUGGCCCUGGCGGCGCAGAGCUGCUGCGCUGCGUCCUCUGCGAGCACUGCGAGCUGCCAGUUUGCGGCGGCUGCCUCGACCACCUCGCCUGCGUGCAGUUGCCCCCGCUGAGCCUGGCAAACGACAUGUGGACUGGCUACGCCCCGGAGCGGAUCUACGCGGAGGAGGCGACUGCGAUGGAGCUGAUCUGCGCCUCGCCCUGCGUCACGACGCUGAUUUGCAUGUCUAUGGAGGCGCGGUUCCGCAGCGAGGCUUGCGCCCUCGACGAGACGGCUCAUAUGGCCCGGCAUCGCUUCGGGGCUCGGGGCAACGCUUUAUCUUUCCCGCUGCCCUGGGAAGACGUCUUGAAAGCUUUGCAGGGGGAAGGCGACCAGGCGGCGGCGCUGCCGCGCAGCGGCGCAGAACUCGGCCAGCUGGUCCGCGUUCUGCUCAAGAUCCACCAGGCGAACGUGAGGUGGGAGGUGGUGGUCAACCUCAUCUUGGACAUGAAGCGCCUGGGCCACCCGUCCUUUGCGGGCGUGGAUGAGGUGUUGAAAGUCGUGGUCCAGGCGCGCUCCGAAGGCGAGAACGCCAAGAAGAUCGAGGUCCCGAAGCAGACGAUCUUGCGGGCGGCGGGCUUCAGGUUCGCAAAGCGCAGCUUGGUCAAGCGGGAUGUGAUCUCCCGGACGCCCGCGACGAUGUCCUCGAGCUUCAAGGUCCCGCCGCAGUUUCCGCAGCGCGGCCACCGCAGCUUCGUUGGCGUCUUCGCCCGCGCAGCCUUCCGCGACCACGGCCCGCGCCCGCUGCGCGGCAAAGGUCGCGCCGGCGGCGGCGACGUCUUCCUGCCAGGCUGCAGCUUGUCCUCGGCGUCGUUGACGUCCGCGUCCACCUGGUCGCGGGCGCCGGCGGAGAACCUGCCGAACUACGAGGACAGGCGCGCGCUGCUGGCCAGGGACCCGCUGGCUUGCGCGGAGGGCUUCAGGACGCUGGUGCUCCUGACGCUGCGCCACCUCUUGGGGGUCAGGUUCUGCCCGCGCUGCCCGAACUGCGCGACUUCGGGGCAGCCUUGCAGCGACGCGUUCGGGAGCAACGCCGUGGCCGGCGGCGGCGUGCUGGGCAGAGUUGACGCGGUGUUUGGCUCCAUCGAGUGUCAAAAGAGCGGUAUGCUUCCUACACUGCCCAUGUCCGGCGCUCCGUCUACUGCGACGGACGGCUGGGAGCGCGAUCGGGCCGCCGCGGAGGAGGAGUGGCCGGAGUACAAGGACUGCGCCUUGAUGUUGAGCCGGCCGGCCUACCAGGCGAGCCGCCGGCUGCGGCCCGAGGAGUGGACGCGGCGAUACUUGGCGGAGGACGUGGAGCAGCUGCAGCAGCGCAAGCAACAUCAUGCGCAUCUCCCUGCCGGCCCAGGCAAGAGCGGUUUCCCCCGCGACAGCCAGUUGAUUCUGGGCCGAACGGCUCUGGUCUGCCGCGGCUUGGCCGAGCAGCUGGACCUGCCCGUCAAGGGCAAGCGGAGUUCUUUGGGCCUGCAGUGGGGCCCGGUCAACGACCCGAACCUCAACGGCAACCACCUGGCGCUGCUGGCGGCGCUGCGCUGCAACGGCGACCUCCAAGUGCCUUAUCGGUUCCCCGUGACGAAGGAGACCCACGACGACGCGCUCUGCCAGGAGGAGAUCUCGACCUGCGUCGGCGACGGCGACGUCAAGCUGCUCGUCCGAGAAGCGCAGAGGACCCAGGCCGGGCGGGAAGUGGCCGCGGUUUUGCCCGGCUCUGUUUGCUCUCGCGUCGCGCAGGCCGCCCAAGCUGGCUACGGCUGCGACUACAUGAACAAGCGGCCGCCCAUCGCCGUGCAAGAGCUCAAGGAGUGGCAGCGCGGCCAUCGGGAGCUCGGCGAAGACUUGAAGGACAAGCCCGCCGGCUACAUCGGGGCGAGGGUGGCCAAGCGGCUGACCACGGACUGCUACGCCCGCGGCGUCUGCCGCGGCGCGGUGGAGUGCGCCAAUUUGACCACGCGCCAGGCGGGCAACGACCCCACGGCGGCCGAGUCUCUCAAGACGGCGCCCGUCCACUCCAUCUCCUUGCAGUUCGGCCUCCAACUCCUGGAGGCGGCGGCCGCCGGCGAAGCUUGGCCGGCUGAGCCGCGACAGCUGCGGACAGACGCGCGGCCGGCGGCUCAGCGAGGGCGCGUGGUCUCCUGCCCGUUCUGGACCUUCUACGGGGCGCGGGGGCGAGCAGCCGAAGUCCGCGACCUCUGCGCCUUCGAGUUCGCGCGCCACUUCCUCUUCAAGCUGGCCAAGCGGCCCUUUGCGCUGGAGCAGCUGAGCGAGCGGCGCGACGAAGGUUUUCACGCCUCGCUGACGCGGGCUGGGGCGGCGAAGCUUGGCGCAAACCCCAAGGCCGUCUUGCUGACCGGGGCGGACUACGAGAUCCACGAGGAAGGCGCGCUUGGCGGUCGCUCGGAGGAGGACUACGCGAAGCGGGUGCUGCUGCUCCUCUGCCCUUGGACGAGCCACCCCGACGACGCCUCGGCCGCCGCGCCCUUCCUCGCCGACCUCUGCAAGUUCGGCAAGUCAGACUGGCGCCGCGCCCUCCGACGGCGGCGGAUUCUCCAAGGCAACCCGACCGAAGAGGUCAAGCAGUUCGCGCUGAACUUUUGCUUCGUCCACUGCCUGCCACGGGAACUCCGGCCGGAACAGCACUUGCAAGAGAACAGCGACAACGAGGUCCAGGACGAGGGCGUGCGCUUCGACAAGGCGGACUUGGAGGCGGCUCGGGCCACGCACGUCCGCGGCGCGGGCAAGCUGGGCUCCGAGAACUUUGACGAACAAGACAGUGAGCAGGAGGACGCGGCCGCGGCGACGCGGCUGUGCGUCAUGACCAAGCAGAUGUUCGACUUGUCCCGGGCCGCGUGGAGGAAGAGCGGGGCCGACGCCUCGCCCGGCCAAGGCGCGCCAGCGCAAAACGAGCAGCUCGACCACAACGCGCUUGCCUGGGCCGCCCGCGCCUCGCGGAGCAAGAGCAGACUUCCGUCCUUUCCGGGCGUCGGCCAAGCCGGGCGGGAUCCCGAGGCGCAGCCGCUCGGCCCGCCCGUGACCGCAGACGCGCUGUUGGACUGGCUGGGCAGCGAGCGCGUCCGGAGCGGUCUGAACUCCAAGCAAUGGGAGAUGCUGCGGGUGGUGAUCGCUCUGCGGCGAGCCGAGCCGCUGGCCUGGCUGCUGCACGGCCCGCCGGGCACUGGGAAGUCCCACGUCCUGAAGUUCCUGCGGGAGUUGUUCGAGGAGCAGCUUGGCUACGCGCAGGGGAUCGACUUCGAGGUUGCGGCGUUCCAGGCCGUCAACGCGGCCGACAUUCGCGGCCGGACCCUCCACAACGCCUGCGUUGGCGUGGACGCGGCCGCGCUGGACCGCGCCGUGGGCCAGGAGGCGGCGAAGAGAAUGAGCUACUGGAGAUGGCUCGUCGUCGACGAGGUCAGCAUGGUCAACGCGCGGCUGCUGGCGCAGGUCGAGCAGCGGCUGCGGGCGGUCGUCCCGUCGGCCAGCCAGUGGAAGCGCAACGCGGCCGGGGAUUCGCGGGCCUUCGCGGGCGUCAACGUGCUGCUGCUCGGCGACUUCUACCAGCUGCCGCCGCCGAGCGGCGGCUACCUCGCGGACGUGCCCAGCAGAGCGCGAGCGCUGCAAGGACGCCUGGUGAACGAGGUCGUGGACGAGCUGCGGCGCGGCGAGCUGUCGGAGCAGAACUGGCGCUACCUCCACGGCAAGCCCGUCGAAGGCUGUCGACUGACCGCGGCAGAGCGCGAGUCCCGGCGCCGGGUCGUCGACGGGCCCGGCGACCCGCGCUUGAGCGAAGAGAAGUUCAGGUGGGCGGCGGCCGUCGUUGCCAACAACGACGCCAAGUACCAGAUCAACAAGGACCGCGCGGAAGACUACAGCCGCGCGGCCGGGUCGCCGCUCCGCUGGUCCGUGGCUCUGGACGCCCCCUCCGCCGAGGAGUGUGACAAGGCCGCGCGGAUCCGGUGGCUCCAGUAUCACGACCGGGACACCGAGAACCUCUCCGGCAUGCUGCCCUUGGCGGUCAGGAUGCGUGUGGUCUUGGCCGACCACCUCGAUCGCUCCGAGGACAAGCUCCUCCUCCAAGGUAGCGCCGGGCGCGUCCACUCCUGGGUCUGGGAGCUCGACGGGGCGCCGGAGCCGGGCCUCUACCCGGUCUACCCCGUCCGCAAGGUCUGGAAGCUGGACGCCAAGCGCAAGAAGCCGGUGCUCAAGAUCGCGCGGACGCAGCUGCCGCUGGCGCCGGCCUACGCGACCACGGCCCACGGCAGUCAGGGCAAGACGCUCCCCGCCGCGCUGGUCGACUUCAACGUCGACAAGCGAACCGACGUGACCUUCGGGACCGUGGCUGCGAGCAGGGUCCGCUCCAGGGAGGACAUCUUGAUCUCGAGGGGCUUUGAGCGCUGGCUCUACACCCGCGGCGCGCUGGAGGGCCCGGCGCUCCUGCUGAAGCAGCUGCGGGGCGAGGAAGUGGACUGGGACGCAUUCCGGGAGGCGAAGGCGCCUUUCGCGGCGUGCGAGAAAUGCAAAGAGGCCAAGACACUGGACUACUUCUCCGAUCGGCAGUGGGAGCGCGUCAGGUCCAACCAACCGCUCGGCCAUUUGCCUUGCCUGCGCCCCCGGCAAGGACGGCCAGAAGACGCUGAAGCGGAAGCUGCCGUCUGGUCGCCUUCCCGCGCGCUCAGUUGCAGCAGGACGACUCUGAAGCCAAGCGCCGUUGUCUGA